CCGCCAAAUUUGGCGGGAAAGUGUGACCACGCCUUCUCAAAAUGGCGAUAACUGAAGAAAGUCUUGGACGGGUUUUGAAGGUUAUAAAAGAGCUAUUGAUUCAUUCGGAGAGUUCUGGUGUUGAUUCUGAAGUUCUCAGACCCCUGGAAUCAGUUGUCUCAACCCUUUCCAGCCCUCUGUUUCAACACCUAGUCCAACUGAGAGAAAAACACCACCAAAUAUCCGAUGUAACCGAGCCUGACUCCUUACCCAACAUAGAUGCUCUUCAAUUAGAAUCAAAUCCUAUGGGCAGGGUUUCAAACUCAGACGACAUUGUGGGUGUGUCACCAGACAACACUACUUGUAAUGGAUCAUCCUCUCCACCUUUGAGUCCAUUAGACGUCCCCCUCCCUCCUCCUCUCAGUCCCCUACCUGAUACUCCAUUACUCACUCACUCUGAAGAGUUACAAGAAGUUCUGGUAGUAAAGACUCAGUAUCAGCCUCGUUCGGUUACCCUACAAAGAAAAGGGACUGAAUUGGAAACAAGUUCUCUCGGGAUUCAAGUCCAAGGGCUCAGUAGGACUGGUCUAUUCAUUAGUGACUUGCCCAUUGGGGGAGUGGCUCAGAGGUGUGGCCUUUUAAGAGUUGGGGAUCGACUUCUCUCUAUAAACGGAAUGAGUUGUGGUAACAUGGCAAGCUUUGAAGCACAACAUGUACUGCAGGAAAUACCAAGUCAUGGGGACAUAGUGUUAACAGUGCGAUAUGAACCCUCAGGUCUGAUCGAUUUCUUGAAGCAGAGCAAGAAGUGACUUUAAUCUCUUCUCUCUCUCUCUUUUUUAUUUUUCUCUUUUGGCACUCACAUGAUCCUUAUUAAUAUUUAUUUAUUUAUAUUCUUAAAAAUCAUUUUUUAAUC